AUGUCCAGGGCGCUCGACAAGGGCAUCAAGGAGGCUCUGGGGCACGGCGACCACGAGAAGGUAUUUUCAGAGGUAGCGUCUGCCCUGGCGCAGCGGCACGAGCACCUUCUGGAAAUCGAACUGCUGGGCCCGAGCCAUGUCCUGCCCCACGACGCGGUAUAUCUACAGGACGGCAACGCGCUCGCGCUUCCCAAACUACGUCUCGUCCAAGCCUUCAUCGCGGCUAGGAAGAAGCUCGGCUACGGGGCGCCGUCUUCCGCCCCCAAUCUGGCGGAGAGCCGCGAGGUGGUGAUGCAGGCGACGGCCGUGGCGCUCCUCAUGGAUGCGGAGAACCUCACGGCGGCCAACACCCGGAAGCGCACGCUGGCGGCGGCGGCGGCGGCGGCAACACCAGACAUGCUGCAGCGGGAGAAGUACUUCAUCGACAGUCUCCUCACCAGCCGCCUCCACCGGCACACCAAGUCCCCCACCCUCUGGAGUCACCGUCGCUGGCUGCUCGGACAAUUAGGGCGCGCGGGGCUGCCCGUCGACGCGGCGUCGGAUCUGCGUCGCGUCGUCUUCGUCUCGGGCGAGAGGCACCCGCGCAACUACUACGCCUGGUGCCACGCGCGUCACCUGGUCGACGUGUGCUGGGACGGCAGCGCCGACGACAUGGACGGGCUAGUCGACGACACGCGCAGAUGGUGCCUCGCGCACCACGACGACGUCUCCGGCUGGAUGUUCCUCCUGUCUCUGCUGCUCGGCAAGGACCGGGAGGAAGCCAAGGGCAAGGCUAGGGCGGUGUUUGACGAUACGAUACGGCUGGCUGAGGGGUUUCGGUGGCGGAACGAGUCGGUGUGGUACUUUCUGCGAAACCUAGCGGCGUCGGAACACGUGGACGAUGUCCUGGGGUUUCGACGUGCCAUGGAGCGUGUACGCGGCACAGGCGAGGAGCAGCGGAGAGGAUCACGACGGCAGCCUACACAGACGAACAUGCCCGACACGGCGUGA